AAAGACAAUGGCGCAAGCAACAAUGGCGCCCUCAAAAGAUGAUACCAAGCCGGAAGACUCGUAUGUCUCCGAUGAUUCCGAUAUGAACCAACCCGACACCAACGAUCGCGCGACUAAGCGCCGCCGCCUCUCCGAGUCCGCCGAAGAAGACGACGAGUAUGUUGCGCCAGCACCACUCCCCACCGUCUCCCGAAUUAAAAAGAAAGACGAGACGAAAAAGCCCGAGCCAACCGACGAAGAGGACCCUGUUACAAUUCGUGAUGCUCUUGAAAUUGGACUUCGGGCAGAGGAAUCUACAUUCGGCGCUCUGAACGUGUCGCCUUGGCUUGUGGGUUCCUUGACGACGAUGGCUAUUCGACGACCCACCGCUAUUCAGAAGGCUUGUAUUCCUGAGAUUUUGAAGGGGCGAGACUGUAUUGGUGGAAGUCGAACUGGUUCAGGAAAGACCAUGGCGUUUGCCGUUCCUAUCAUUCAGAAGUGGGCCCAGGAUCCAUUUGGUAUCUUUGCUCUGGUUUUGACGCCGACGAGAGAGUUAGCUCUUCAGAUCUUCGAGCAAUUCAAGGCCAUCUCCGCCCCACAGAGCAUGAAGCCAAUCCUCAUCACCGGAGGCACAGAUAUGCGCCAGCAGGCAAUCGAGCUCGCUACACGGCCACACGUUGUCAUUGCGACCCCGGGUCGUUUGGCGGAUCACAUCAAAACGUCCGGUCAAGACACGAUUGCUGGUCUUGGUCGAGUGAAAAUGGUCGUACUCGAUGAAGCCGACCGCCUUCUCGCCAGCGGUCACGGCAGUAUGCUGCCAGACGUCGAAACCUGCCUAUCGGCAGUCCCUCCCUCCUCAGAACGGCAAACCCUUCUAUUUACUGCGACAUUGACGGCCGAGGUGCGGGCCUUGAAAUCGUUACCACGCACCGAGAACAAGCCGCCAAUCUUCGUGACCGAGAUCUCGACCGAAAAUCAAGGUAGCAUCCCGCCAACUCUUAAACAGACAUAUCUCAAGGUGCCCAUGACGCAUCGCGAAGCGUUCUUGCACGCUUUGAUCUCAACCGAAGAAAACAUUUCCAAGCCCGUCAUUAUCUUCUGCAAUCACACUAAGACCGCCGAUCUGCUUGAGCGCACUUUGCGUCGCCUCGGCCACCGCGCUACAUCCCUACACAGUCUCCUCCCACAAUCCGAGCGAACAUCGAACCUUGCCCGAUUCCGAGCCGCAGCUGCCCGGGUUCUAGUUGCCACAGAUGUUGCAUCCCGUGGUCUCGAUAUUCCCAUUGUCAGCCUUGUCGUCAAUUUCGACGUGCCGCGGAACCCAGACGAUUACGUCCACCGUGUUGGUCGUACUGCCCGUGCUGGACGGACUGGUGAGGCUGUCACUUUGGUUGGACAGCGAGAUGUCGAGCUCAUUCUCGCCAUUGAGAAGCGGGUUGAGCGGGAGAUGGUGGAGUGGGCUGAGGAAGGCGUUAGCAUUGAGGGUCGUGUGACGAGAACUACUAUCCUUAAGGACGUUGGUGCGGCGAAGCGUGAGGCUGCUGGAGAGAUUGAAGAAGGCCGUGAUGUGCUGGGUCGCAAGCGGAAUAAGUUGAAGAAGGUUCGGUGAAUAAUGGAGGGCUAGUUUAGUAGUCUGCAUAUAUUGUUCUAUCUGUUUGAUACCAUAUUCAAGACCAAUGAGAUUUUUAGCGAGUC